GUACACAGACACAUCUUGCACCAGUUUAUCAGUGGUCAUUCGACGUAAGGCCGAACUUGAAUCACAUUCGAGACAGGUCGCCAGCUUCGCCUGUGUUCUAGUCCAUUAGCCGGAAGACCACAUCGCCCUGUGCUUACACCCACUUUACUACGCGCCGUUAACCCGCUCGCCUCGUGGAAGACUCGCGCCCGUCCGCUCGCCUGCCUGAGCGCUACCUCCUCAAGCGGCUCGCACAAGCGUUUACUCCUUCCUCGACUUCUUCGCUACCAGCUAAAGUCUGAAAAAUGGGCUACGGUGGCUACGUGAGCGCUAAGCUCCCUCCUGCCAAGCCGACCGAGGUCGAGGCUGCCGUUCAGGCUAUCAAGUCCCUGGAGACCGUGGAGAUGAUUCAUAAGCUGGUGUACAACACCGCCGUGCAGCCCAAGGAGGAGAAGUUCCGCAAGGUACGGUUAGGAAACCCCAAGAUCCAAGCCGUGUUGGGCGAGGUGCCUGGCGCCAUCGAUGCGAUGGUGGCGCUGGGCUGGGCCCUGGAGGAUGCGGAGGGCGAGCAGUUCCUUGUGGUGCCCGCGGGAAAGUUCCUAGGCAUGCAGCAGGUGCGCAUUGUUGAGGCGGCGCGUGACAAGCUGACCAAGGAGGUCAAGGACCAGUCACGCCACGACACCCGUGUUGCCAUCCAGGGUUGAGCGCCUGUUGCUUGCAGCAUCAGGUGCAAGUGAGGUUAGUUGAGCGGGUACGGCGAAGCGGGAGGCCACAAGAGCACCCGAAAGCAGGAUGCGCUGUUUAUGGUAUUCAUGUCGUUACACAAUGCGUGGAAGCUUGCAUUGCUUGCUUCCAGACCGACUAUAUAUUGUAUCCGUGAGUGGGCGUGAAGACAUUUGAGGACCAUAGGAGUAUGAGGACAGUGAGUGUACUAUGCAUAUCCAAGCCAAGGCAGUAGGUGCGCUCGGGGACGUAGGAGUAGGUGCGCCCGCGGACAGGGUAGGUAUGCGGGUGACAGGGGCCCCCUGUGUGCAAUGGGCACCCCGGACAGGCCUGCAGGGUCGCCUUCGCCGUCAAGUGGCCAGCGGCGAUCACGGUAGCUUCUGAGCUCUGGAAACUGGCAGAGUAAUAAAACAUCUGCGCACCAAUAUGUAUCGAAAGCUGACCACAGCUGACUGGCACGGGGGUGGGGGGAAAGACGCUCAACACUGCUGGAAGGCUGCAAGGCAGGGGUGCUGCAUGGGGCCAGCAGGCCGGCACAGAUUUUGGUUUUUUAGUAAUCCACUGUUCAAGUAACGAGCGCGCACUCGUCCGGUGCAGUGGUGCACGCUUAGCAACGCUUAGCUUCGUUUUUCAAGCAUUUCGAGCCGGAAGAACAGAUCGCCCCGCACAGGUGUGAUGUUCAACCCCAUGGGUGGGCAGGCGCCCUUGUCACUACAGACCCUGCGAGUACCCUGAUUCUAAACA